AAGAACAGGCGUAUGCCUUCCGCCUUCUUUUCACUUCUUUAUUCCAUUAUUGAGUCUCAAUCAUUAAUCCAUUGACAUACUAUUAGACUUAGAGCACCAAUCAAGCGAACUGGUUGUGAAAUCAUUCUGUAAAGUUCCUCUCAAAAGAAGAUCCCCUUUCUCUGAAAGAGAUAAAUUCCAACGCCGCUGGUUUUGUUUGAGCUGUUCGUUGAUGGUCAUCUAACCUUUGUCUCGCUUAAGAGAGCUUCGACUUUCGCUUCAAGUGAAAAAUGGUUGCCUUUGGGAAAAAGUUGAAGGAAAGACAGAUUCAAGAAUGGCAAAGAUACUACAUAAACUACAAAUUAAUGAAGAAGAAAGUAAAACAAUAUGGUCAGCAGAUACAAGUUGGAGCUCAAGAUCGCCGCCAUGUUCUCAAGGAUUUCUCAAGAAUGCUAGAUAAUCAGAUUGAGAAGAUUGUCCUUUUUCUGUUGGAACAACAAGGUCUCCUUGCUAGCAGGUUAGCCAGGCUUGGGGAACAACAUGAUGCUCUUCAAAAGCAGCCAGAUAUAUCCCAAAUAAGUGAACUACGUGAGGCUUAUCAAGCAGUGGGACAUGAUCUUUUGAAGCUUCUCUUUUUUGUUGAGAUAAAUGCGGUUGGUUUGCGCAAGAUACUGAAAAAGUUUGAUAAACGCUUUGGGUAUAGAUUCACUAAUUACUAUGUCAAAACUCGUGCUAAUCAUCCUUACUCCCAGCUGCAGCAAGUGUUCAAGCAUGUGGGAUUUGGCGCUGUUGUGGGAGCCAUAUCUCGAAAUCUUCAUGAACUUCAGAAUCGCCAGGGAAGCUACUUAUCCAUUUAUGAUCAGCCUCUUCUUCCACUCCAGGAUCCUGUUGUUGAUUCAAUAAAAGCAGCUGUAGACAGGUUAACUCACUCAACAAAUUUCCUCAACUUUUUGGCUCAACAUGCACUUAUUAUGCAAGACGAGCUACCUACUCCAGUUGAGGAACAUGUUGAUGAUCAGAGAUAUCAUUUCAUGUCACUUCUCUUGAACUUAGCAAACACAUUUCUUUAUAUGGUCAACACAUAUAUUGUUGUCCCUACAGCAGAUGACUAUGCUCUGAGCCUUGGAGCUGCUGCAACGGUUUGUGGUGUUGUUAUUGGGGCCAUGGCUGUUGCGCAGGUGUUUUCCUCUGUGUAUUUUAGUGCAUGGUCAAACAAAUCGUACUUCAGACCUCUUGUAUUUAGCAGUAUUGCUCUGUUCAUUGGAAAUAUUUUGUAUGCAAUGGCCUAUGAUCUUGAGUCAAUAGCAGUUCUCAUAAUCGGUCGUCUUUUCUGUGGGUUGGGAUCUGCAAGAGCUGUUAACCGGCGUUAUAUCAGUGACUGUGUACCAUUAAAAAUCCGCAUGCAGGCAUCAGCAGGUUUUGUUAGUGCCAGUGCACUUGGAAUGGCUUGUGGUCCUGCUCUAGCUGGCUUACUUCAAACUAAUUUUAAGAUUUACAAGCUUACAUUCAAUCAAAACACGUUACCCGGUUGGGUUAUGGCUGUCGCCUGGUUUAUAUAUUUAAUAUGGUUGUGGAUCUCAUUUAAAGAACCUUCUCAUGAUAUCGCAGAGAAUGAUAGACCACAUGAAUCAAAUGGAGAAUCAGUGGGAAAUAAUGAACUUGAGAAAGGUCUCAAGCAACCAUUGCUCAUAACCUCUGAAGACAAUCAACAAGAUGAAGAUGGUGACCCAGAAUGUGAUGGAAGUGAAGAAGGUCCUGAGGAAUAUCAUGGACCAGCCAAUUCGAUUAGAUCAGCAUAUAGACUACUUACACCCUCUGUUAAGGUUCAAUUGUUGAUAUAUUUUAUGCUCAAAUACGUGAUGGAGAUUUUACUCUCUGAAUCUAGUGUUAUUACCUCAUACUAUUUUAAUUGGUCUACAAGCACCGUGGCAAUUUUCCUUGCAUGUCUUGGCCUUACUGUUCUUCCCGUAAAUAUUAUUGUUGGAAGCUACAUAAGCAACAUGUUUGAAGACAGGAAAAUUUUGCUGGCAUCCGAAAUCCUAGUUUUGGUAGGCAUUAUCUUCAGCUUCAAUGUUAUAAUUCCGUACUCUGUGCCACAAUAUGUCUGCUCAGGACUUAUCUUGUUUGUUUUUGCUGAAGUACUUGAAGGCGUGAACUUGGCGCUUCUCUCUCGAGUGAUGUCAUCCAGGCUUUCUCGAGGAACCUACAAUGGUGGGUUACUUUCAACAGAAGCCGGGACAAUAGCCAGAGUUAUUGCAGAUGGAACAAUAACCCUAGCUGGGUACUUGGGUGAGAGCAGUCUCUUAAAUAUCACUCUAAUUCCUUCACUCCUUAUUUGCAUAUCUUCCAUUAUUGCUACCUUCAUUACCUACAACUCUCUAUAUUGAUUCGGGAUGUGGCAACAAAUCCCCGCCUUCUUCUCCUAUUACUUGAAUUUGUUAGCUAUAAUAUUUGCCUUCGAUUUUAUUUUUGUAAGAAGUAGAGCUAGUUCAUUGAUUAUCUUCAAAUGGAUUUAAAUUUGAUUCAGUUUGGAAAGAUAAGUUAAACACAGUUAGCUUUAA